AUGGAGACAUCGACAACGAGACCUGAAAAUGAAUGGCUUUUUCCAAAAGAGGUACUGUAGUUUUUCAAGAGUUUUGGGUGAAUUCGGAAAAUUAAUAAAUUUUGGAAAAAAACGUGACCCAAAAAUACAGAUUAUUUUUUUCAUUUUCAAAUCUCAUUUCAAAUUUAAUUUCAGGUUCCAACAAGUUCAAUAAUUGGUGCAUCUUCUUCUGUUUUACAACAACAUCAACCUCGAAAUUCGGCCGAACUUCCUCUAAAUUUCCUCGCUGAACAUUCGCUUGCAUUGAUUGCUGCACUUUUUGUAAGUUUUUUGAGAGCGGUUAGCAAAAUAGGAAUAGGUUGGGAAUUUCGGGGGUUUUAGAGGCUACAAACCAAUUACUGAAACAUUUUUGAAGUUUGGCUAACAUUUUUCAUUGCAUUUGUGAUCAAAUCAAAUUUUGAUCGAUUAUUUUUUUGAAACUUUUUUUCUUGAACAAAGGAAUACGAAAUGAUCAGCAGGCCAGAUAACUUUUUUUCGAAAUUUUUUUUUUGAGCAUUACACAUCAUUUUUUCAAACGUAAUUUUUAUAUUGUUCAAUUACUUGAGAUACCAUUUUUAAUUUAGCUACCCAUUUCUUCCUUAAAAUCAACUCCCUCAUCUAAAAUUUAUUUUUGCAGCUAAUAGUUCUUUCGGUGGCUCUUCUUGCCGUUUUAAUUCAAUAUCACUGCCAAAAAACACUACAACAACAUUCGAAAUCUCAUUCUCCUCAACCACUUUCACAUACACCAAGUCAAUGGACAACGUGUAGCACAGGUUAGUCAAGACAAAACUCGAAAAUCAUAAAUUCCCCAGGUGUGCUUUUUUCUUCUUCAUCUCAGCUCCGCCUCAAAAAAUCCUCAUGAAAUUUUUGGCUCCCAACUCCGCCCAUAUUUCAUAUGAAAAAGCUAUAUUUUAUUUUUGGCGCGCAAAAAAAAACAAAAAAAAAUAAUGGGGAAUGUACUAAUAUUGCCUAUUUUCUCCUCACAAUUUUUUUUGUUUUUUUUUCUUUUUUUGUGGAUAUAUAUAUUUUUUGGUGUUCCUGGUUUUUUGUUCUUUGGAGAGAAAAAAUGACUCAAAAAAUUGGGAUUUGAAAAUUAAGGUGUGCUGCUGUAAUUUUAAGUUUUGCCACGUGGUUUUUUUAUAGUAGCUGUAUUAGCUUCUAAAUGAAAUUGAAAAAAUCCGGCAAAGUUUGUCGGCUUGAAUUUUACGUUAUUUUUGUGUGAUUUUUUAUCUGCAAAAUUUACAGUACUCAAAAAUGCUGAUUUAUUUUUCGAAAAAAUUGUGCGAGUACCACGUGGAUUCUUUGAAAUUUCGAAUUUUCAAAUCCAAAGCUUACUGAAGACCACAUGAAUCUGGCCUGGCCCGAUUUUGAAAAAAAUUGGACUGGGCCGAUUCAGAAAUGUUAGUUUCUUUCUGAAAAUGUAAACAUAUUUCCAAAAUGUUUUCUCAUCUACAGUAUCUAAAUUUUGGCGUUAAAACUAGUUGUUCCAAUUCCAUUUACGGAAAAAGGCGUUCGAACACAAAAAAAUCUUUUUUUAUUGUCAUCUCUCCCUGUUAACAAAAAACUGUCGAUUUUAGUAUGUGUCCCGUCCCGUGCACAGAUUAUUCGACGGCAUUUGUGACUCAAAAAAAACCAGUGUCAUGAGCAUUUUGCCAUUUUCUUGCUCUACACGAUUUUUUUCAUCUUCAUCUUCUUGUGAAUGUUUGAGCAUUUCAAAGUUUACACAACACUUUCUCUGCGUCUCUUCUAUUAUAUUUCGUUUUUGAGACACUUUUGUACGAUUUUUUGUGAGCAGCAAAAGUUUUUUUGUCGAUAAGUUUUGUCGAGUUUUGUUUCUGGCUGGAAUUAGUUUUUCGGAAUUUUUAGAUAGAGUUCUCAAGGGACCCACAAAAGUUUGGGGGGUUUUUUUGAGAUCUUAAUUUUGGCAGAGUUUUUUUUUCAUUUUCGAAAGUUUUCAAAAUCUGACAUUUUAUGAGGAUUCAGUUUUUUUUAUUUCUGAAAAUCUGAAUUUUCUGAUCUGCGUCUUAGGCCUCCUGAUUUUCGGAAGCUAAAAAAAUAAGCUGAAAAUCGGAUAUUUUACAUUUACGCAAACAAAUAUUUGAUCUCAGAUUUCAUUAAUAUUUAUCUCUUCUCUUUAUGUUUUCCUCUGAAAUUUUUUGCGAAUCUAAAAAUAAAUUUUCGAAAUUUCGCUUCUCCCUAACAGAAAAAAAGAGUUUGUCAAUAUUUAUCGAGGGUUUUUUUGCUUGUGUUGGAGUGGUAUUUAUCCAAAAGGAUUAGAUAUUUUUGCGACGCGCGGGGUUUCUUCUUUUUGUCGUUUUUUAUUGUGUCGCAGUAUUUCGAGGAACGUUUGAUGAUGUUUGAGGUGAUAGCAUUCGAAAUUUUGUUGGUAGCCCUUUAUGGUCAUAUCCACUCAUAGCAUUUUAAUUUUUGAAAUUAGACCACUAUCAGUACUUGACUAGUAUCUAGUUAAUUUCUAGAAAAUCUCCCAACAGCUUCCAAAUAUCCAGUUUUCCUUGUUUUCUGAAUUUUUAAAACCCAAAAAUAUCUCUUGUACUUUUUUUGCAUAAAAUCAGAACCUAUUCAUUUUUACCUACGUCAAUGUAUUUUUUAUUUGAAAAACUUUUCAUUUCUUUCAAAAUAUCUAGUUUUCUCUCAGAAUUAUGGGUGAAAUAUUCAUAAAUCCAAUAUUCGUUGAAAAUUCAUCGGAUUCUGAUUCGGAACAAUCUUCAUCAAGCCGUUAUCGUUCUCCAUCCUCACAUCCACCAACUUUACCCCGACAUCAUUCAUCAACAAGUGGUUUGUUACUUGAAGACUUUUAGAGCACAAAUACAUGCACAUUAUUUAUUAUUUAUUUAUCACGCGAUUUACUUGAACUUAUCAAAAAUUCUUCGAAAAAAAAAGAAAAAUAUUGCCUGCUGCUGGAAUCGAACCAGCGUCGCCACGGCCACAACGUGGAGUACUAACCACUAUACUAAGCAGGCCGAGAGAAACGCUUGAUAAUUAUCGAUAAGUGUUCGCUUUACUUUUGUUCAAAACCUCGUUUUUUCUCGCUAUUUUCCUUCUAAAAAUAGCUUUUGGUUAUUAUUAUUAUUCAAAUGAUGACUAAGUAAACAAAGCACACCUAGGGCUUGAUAAUAAAUAAAAUAUGAUUCCUAAAGGGGUUAUAAAAGAAACUGGAAAAGUAGAACUAACACGUUUUUCGAGAAAAUAUGAGAAUCAAAAAAGGUUUGAAAUAAGUUCCAAAAUUUUCAAAUGUUUUCAAUUCUCAAUUGUUUUUUGUUUCAGUAUCAUCAACAUAUUCUACACAAAGCCUUUUACAACUAAUUGGUUCGGAGCUUCGACAAAGCUUGCAGGGAUUAUUAUUGCCGUCGGAAGCUGUUGUUUUGGAGACGAUUGUCGGAAAAGGUAAAUCAUGAUUUAGAGCCAGCCAUGAUCUCAAAGAUCACUAGAGGGAAAAAUAUGGAAAAAACAAUUUUUGAGAAAAAAAGUAAAAUAUGCCGAAAGAAGGCUGAAAGAAACCUAAAUAAAGGUGAAUUAAUUUUGUGUUUCAGGGUACUUUGGAAAUGUUUAUCGUGGAAGAAUGCGCGAUCCAGCUGGACGACUUAUUCCGGUUGCGGUAAAAACAUUGAAAGGUGAUCGUGCUCGCGACAUUGCUCAUAUCGAAAAAUUCCUCCGCGAAGGUGUCGUUAUGAAACAUCUCGAUCAUCCGCAUGUUCUUUCACUUCUUGGUAUCUCAAUUUCACCAGCCGGUAAUCCGUGGGUUGUUUUGCCUUAUAUGGAAGGAGGUGAUUUGAAGACAUUUGUGGCUGAUCCAAAUAAAGCAUUGUGUGUUUUGGAAUUGUUGGAUUUUGCACAUCAAGUGGCGCAGGGAAUGAGCUAUCUUGCUGCACAACAUUUUGUGCAUCGUGAUUUGGCAGCUAGGAAUUGCAUGUGAGUUUUCAGGAUUACUGUACCUAUCUGAUUUUUCAAAUAUAAAUUUCCAGGAUUUCUUCCGAGCGAAUCGUCAAAGUUGCCGAUUUCGGUCUCGCCGUGGAUCUUCUCGACAAAGAAUCCUACAUCGAUGAAUCAGAAACAGGUCCAGCACGUUUGCCGCUCAAAUGGCUUGCUCCAGAAUCGUUGCGAGAUCGUAGAGUAUUCAAUUCCGCAACAGAUGUCUGGUCAUUCGGUGUUUUGAUGUGGGAAUUAUUGACGCGCGCUGCGUCGCCGUAUGGCGAAGUUUCGAAUGCAAAAGUACGGCAUUAUUUGGAAACUGGUAUGCGUUUGCCGCAACCAACGCAUUGUCCUGAUAUUAUGUGAGUUUUUAUCUAAAUUUUAUAUUUUGAAAAAAAAACUGAAAAGCUACGUUUCAAAAAAUUCAUAUUUUCAAAGGUUUUCAAUUUUAAUCUAAUCAAUAUUUGGAACCAAUUGAAAUAAAAUUUUCCAGCUAUGAUUUGAUGCAAUGUUGUUGGCGUGCAAAUCCAGAUGAUCGUCCAGAUUUUGUAUUUUUGUCUCAUCGUCUACGCUCUCUCCUCCAAGAACACUCUCCCGAUCCUUUCAGUCGACGAAUUCGACCAGGUUCCGAACAAUUUCUUCUUCCCGUUUUACCCGGACGACUUUUCACUAAUUAUUUUGCCGCCCAAAUGCAUGCCUAA